GCGAGUGCUACAUCUUGGCAGUCUGAAGCGAUUGGCUCCUCUCUGGGGAGUGGAGGGUGUUCAGUUAUUAAUGACCGCUGAGCAGGCAGCACCAUGUCAGUGUGACAACUGAUCGGGUGAACGAUGCACCACUAACCACCAUGGAAACAAGGAAAAAUAAAGCCAGCUCACAGGAUCUCUCUUCCCUGGAUUGAAAGCCUCAGCCUGCCGACUGAGAAAAAGAGUUCCGAGAAAAAGAAGGAAUCCUGGCUGCAGCCUCCUGCCUUCCUUUAUAUUUUAAAAUACAGAGAUAAGAUUACGUGCAUGUGUGCAUAUCUAUAGUACAUAUUUGUGUACACUUUGUUACAUAGACACGCAAAUGCACCUAUUUACACCGGGCAAGAACACAACCAUGUGAUUAUCUCAACCAAGGAACUGAGGAAUCCAGCACGCAGGGACAUCGGAGGUGGGCUAGCACUGAAACUGCUUUUCGAGCAUCAUGCUGCUAUUCCUGCAAAUACUGAACGAGCAUGGGAUUUGAAUAUUAUACUUCUAAAUAAAUGAAUUACUCAAUCUCCUAUGACCAUCUAUACAUACUCCACCUUCAAAAAGUACAUCAAUAUUAUAUCAUUAAGAAAAUAGUAGCCUUCUCUUCUCCAAUAUGCAUGACAUUUUUGGACAACGCAGUUGUGGCACUGGCACUUAUUUCAGUGAAGAAAAACUUUGUGGUUCUAUGGCAUUCAUCAUUUGACAAAUGCAAGUAUCUUCCUUAUCAAUCAGCUCCUAUUGAACUUACUAGUACUGACUGUGGAAUCCUUAAGGGCCCAUUACAUUUCUGAAGAAGAAAGCUAAGAUGAAGGACAUGCCACUCCAAAUUCAUGUGCUACUUGGCCUAGCUAUCACUACACUAGUACAAGCUGUAGAUAAAAAAGUGGAUUGUCCACAGUUAUGUACGUGUGAAAUCAGGCCUUGGUUUACACCCAGAUCCAUUUAUAUGGAAGCAUCUACAGUGGACUGUAAUGAUUUAGGUCUUUUAACUUUCCCAGCCAGAUUGCCUGCUAACACACAGAUUCUGCUCCUGCAGACUAACAAUAUUGCAAAAAUUGAAUACUCCACAGACUUUCCAGUGAACCUUACUGGCCUGGAUUUAUCUCAAAACAAUUUAUCUUCAGUCACCAAUAUUAAUGUAAAAACGAUGCCUCAGCUCCUUUCUGUGUACCUAGAGGAAAACAAACUUACUGAACUGCCUGAAAAAUGCCUGUCAGAACUGAGCAACUUACAAGAACUCUAUAUUAAUCACAACUUGCUUUCUGCAAUUUCACCUGGAGCCUUUAUUGGCCUACAUAAUCUUCUUCGACUUCAUCUCAAUUCGAAUAGAUUGCAGAUAAUCAACAGUAAGUGGUUCGAUGCUCUUCCAAAUCUAGAGAUUCUGAUGAUUGGGGAAAAUCCAAUUAUCAGAAUCAAAGACAUGAACUUUAAGCCUCUUAUCAAUCUUCGCAGCCUGGUCAUAGCUGGUAUAAACCUCACAGAAAUACCAGAUAAUGCCUUGGUUGGACUUGAAAACUUAGAAAGCAUCUCCUUUUAUGACAACAGGCUUAUUAAAGUACCCCAUGUUGCUCUUCAAAAAGUUGUAAAUCUCAAAUUUUUGGAUCUAAAUAAAAAUCCUAUUAAUAGAAUACGAAGGGGUGAUUUUAGCAAUAUGCUACACUUAAAAGAGUUGGGGAUAAACAAUAUGCCUGAGUUGAUUUCCAUCGAUAGUCUUGCUGUGGAUAACCUGCCAGAUUUAAGAAAAAUAGAAGCUACUAACAACCCCAGAUUGUCUUACAUUCACCCCAAUGCAUUUUUCAGACUCCCCAAGCUGGAAUCACUCAUGCUGAACAGCAAUGCCCUCAGUGCCCUGUACCAUGGUACCAUUGAGUCUCUGCCAAACCUCAAGGAAAUCAGCAUACACAGUAACCCCAUCAGGUGUGACUGUGUCAUCCGUUGGAUUAAUAUGAACAAAACCAACAUUCGAUUUAUGGAGCCAGAUUCACUGUUUUGUGUGGACCCACCUGAAUUCCAAGGUCAGAAUGUUCGGCAAGUGCAUUUCAGGGACAUGAUGGAAAUUUGUCUCCCUCUUAUAGCUCCUGAGAGCUUUCCUUCUAAUCUAAAUGUAGAAGCUGGGAGUUAUGUUUCCUUACACUGUAGAGCUACUGCAGAACCACAGCCUGAAAUCUACUGGAUAACACCUUCUGGUCAAAAACUCUUGCCUAAUACCCUGACAGAAAAUUUCUAUGUCCAUUCUGAAGGAACACUAGAAAUAAAUGGCAUAACUCCCAAAGAAGGGGGUUUAUAUACUUGUAUAGCAACUAACCUAGUUGGCGCUGACUUGAAGUCUGUUAUGAUCAAAGUGGAUGGAUCUUUUCCACAGGAUAACAAUGGCUCUUUGAAUAUUAAAAUAAGAGAUAUUCAGGCCAAUUCAGUUUUGGUGUCCUGGAAAGCAAGUUCUAAAAUUCUUAAAUCUAGUGUUAAAUGGACAGCCUUUGUCAAGACUGAAAAUUCUCAUGCUGCGCAAAGUGCUCGAAUACCAUCUGAUGUCAAGGUAUAUAAUCUAACUCAUCUGAACCCAUCAACUGAGUAUAAAAUUUGUAUUGAUAUUCCCACCAUCUAUCAGAAAAACAGAAAAAAAUGUGUAAAUGUCACCACCAAAGGUUUGGACCCUAAUCAAAAACAGUAUGAAAAGAGUAAUACCACAACACUUAUGGCCUGUCUUGGAGGCCUUCUGGGGAUUAUUGGUGUGAUAUGUCUUAUCAGCUGCCUCUCUCAAGAAAUGAACUGUGAUGGUGGACAUAGCUAUGUGAGGAAUUACUUACAGAAACCAACUUUUGCAUUAGGUGAGCUUUAUCCUCCUCUGAUAAAUCUCUGGGAAGCAGGAAAAGAAAAAAGUACAUCACUGAAAGUAAAAGCAACUGUUAUAGGUUUACCAACAAAUGUCGUAAAAAACACCAACUAAACCUACUCCAAAAACGAACAAAAAAAAGCUAAAGACUGCAGCUGUGCUAAAAACAAAACAAAACAAACAAACAAAAAACAACAUAAAAAAAGAUUACUUUCGAGAGAAAAGUUUAAGCUUCACUAAUGCUGCUCCUGACCAGUGGAAAUAUGUACAACGUCAGCAUUUUAAGUAACUGGCUUCAAGGGGUACUGUGGCAACCAAAUAAAAUAACUCCAUUUUCUAAAACUUUCAUGUAACUUUUAUGUCUGGACUACAGUUAAAGUGGACAAAAACAUUUCUGUAUUUUUUUUAAGUAUAUAAGAGUAGUUGAACUGAGCAAUACCUCCUCCUGUGUUGUAUUACACAUCACAUAUUAGCCACGAGUUUUUGCAGUGACCAGAUAAACUUGACACGUGGUGUAAUAAAAUGGACAAAUUCUGUAGAGUAGACACAGUGAGUAUGUGGACCUCUUUUAUAAGGAAAAAUACAUUUUGGAUUAAAAUCAAUUGCUUUUGUCUUGUUUUGUUUCUAAAUAAAGAGUAAUUUCUGGGAAA